AUGGCUGACCCGGCGGCACCGACCGAAGGCGAAGAGAACACGGUCCGCUUCGCCCGCAAAGGGGCCCUUCGGCAGAAGAACGUCCACGAGGUGAAGAACCACAAAUUCACCGCCCGUUUCUUCAAGCAGCCCACCUUCUGCAGCCACUGCACCGACUUCAUCUGGGGAUUCGGAAAGCAGGGAUUUCAGUGUCAAGUGUGCUGUUUCGUAGUCCAUAAGAGAUGCCAUGAAUUUGUCACCUUCUCCUGCCCGGGUGCUGAUAAGGGCCCAGCCUCUGAUGAUCCACGGAGCAAGCACAAGUUUAAAAUCCACACUUACUCCAGUCCAACAUUUUGUGAUCACUGCGGCUCUUUACUAUAUGGGCUGAUUCAUCAAGGAAUGAAAUGUGACACCUGCAUGAUGAACGUGCACAAACGCUGUGUGAUGAAUGUCCCCAGCCUCUGCGGAACAGACCACACUGAACGUCGCGGACGAAUCUACAUCAAGGCUCAGAUUGAUAAAGACGUUCUCACUGUUGUUGUAAGAGAUGCAAAAAAUCUAGUACCCAUGGAUCCUAAUGGUCUCUCAGAUCCUUAUGUAAAACUGAAACUCAUUCCUGAUCCCAAGAGUGAGAGCAAGCAGAAGACUAAAACCAUCAAGUGUUCCCUCAACCCUGAGUGGAAUGAGACAUUUAAAUUCCAACUGAAAGAAUCUGACAAAGACAGACGACUUUCUGUGGAGAUUUGGGACUGGGAUCUGACCAGCAGGAAUGACUUCAUGGGGUCUUUGUCCUUUGGGAUCUCAGAGCUGCAGAAAGCUGGUGUUGAUGGAUGGUUUAAAUUACUAAGUCAGGAAGAAGGAGAGUAUUUUAAUGUUCCAGUUCCUCCUGAAGGAGAAGAAGGCAAUGAAGAGCUCCGGCAAAAAUUUGAAAGAGCCAAGAUUGGCCAGGGAACCAAGGUUACUGAAGAAAAAACAGCCAAUGCAAUAUCUAAAAUUGACAACAAUGGAAACCGAGAUCGGAUGAAACUGACUGACUUUAACUUUCUCAUGGUGCUGGGGAAAGGCAGCUUUGGCAAGGUCAUGCUUUCAGAAAGAAAAGGCACUGAUGAACUCUAUGCUGUGAAGAUCCUGAAGAAAGAUGUUGUGAUCCAAGAUGAUGAUGUGGAAUGUACAAUGGUAGAGAAGAGAGUGCUUGCUCUUGCUGGGAAGCCUCCAUUCCUGACACAGCUUCACUCUUGUUUCCAGACAAUGGAUCGUCUCUAUUUUGUGAUGGAAUAUGUGAAUGGUGGAGAUCUUAUGUACCAGAUCCAACAGGUUGGACGAUUUAAGGAGCCUCAUGCUGUAUUCUAUGCAGCAGAAAUUGCUAUCGGUCUAUUCUUCUUACAGAGCAAAGGCAUCAUUUAUCGGGACCUAAAACUUGACAAUGUAAUGUUGGAUUCUGAAGGCCAUAUCAAGAUCGCUGACUUUGGCAUGUGCAAGGAGAACAUCUGGGACGGGGUGACCACCAAGACAUUCUGCGGCACUCCGGACUACAUUGCUCCUGAGAUAAUUGCCUAUCAGCCUUACGGGAAGUCGGUAGAUUGGUGGGCAUUUGGAGUGCUGCUAUAUGAAAUGCUGGCCGGCCAGGCUCCUUUUGAAGGAGAAGAUGAAGACGAGCUUUUCCAGUCUAUCAUGGAGCACAAUGUGGCCUAUCCCAAGUCCAUGUCAAAGGAAGCUGUGGCCAUCUGCAAAGGGCUGAUGACCAAGCACCCAGGUAAACGUCUCGGAUGUGGACCUGAAGGUGAACGAGAUAUUAAGGAACAUGCAUUUUUCCGGUAUAUUGACUGGGAGAAACUUGAACGCAAGGAGAUUCAGCCCCCAUACAAGCCAAAGGCUUGUGGGCGAAAUGCCGAAAACUUCGACCGGUUUUUCACCCGCCAUCCACCCGUCCUAACACCUCCUGACCAGGAAGUCAUCAGGAACAUUGACCAAUCAGAAUUCGAAGGAUUUUCCUUUGUUAACUCUGAAUUUUUAAAACCUGAAGUCAAGAGCUAAGUAGCUGUGUAGAUCUCCGUCCUUCAUUUCUAUCAUGCAAUCCCAACAGCUGUCUUGGUGACCUUUUUCUUUGCAAAGUCGCAUUUGUGGUUUUUUUUUAUAGUCAGACUAGAGUGACCAUAUUUCAGAGCCAUAAGUGUCUUCAAGUAGUUAAGAGUAUCUCUAACAUCUGAUAUCAUGAAGAUGUGGUGAGUAAAAUGCCUCAGCACAUAAAUGCACGCUAUCCAAUUGUGCACUGAGUUGAUUCUAUCCAUAUUUUAGCUAAACUUGGUCAAAAGAAAGGAACCUUAACUUAUCUUGCCUUUCAUCUCCCAUGUUUUUCCCUCAUCAUUUUCAUAGAUCAUUAGAGCUGGCUAGAAAUCUGCUUGUCCAUUGGAUAAGAUAUUUAACCCAGUAAUCUAAGACCACUUUGGUAGGCUAGCCUUUUUCUUUUCCUGUCUGCAAAAACUGAAGCAUUUAGUGCUAAACUCAUCCCAUGAUCCAGAAGACAAGUUGUAUCCCAAUAUUCAAAAUUUUCCCUUUUUUCCAAAGAAUUGAAGAAUGUAAUCUUCUGCCUAGUCCAAGGAAAAUGAUGAAAUCUUAAAAGUAAAACCAGAAAAUUAAUCGUAUUCCUUUUUAAUCUAUACACUAAGAUUACAUAUUCCCUCUCCUUUAACGCUAUGCUUUUCAGUUUCUAGGGCAGAACUGAGAGGAAAAUCAAAUGUAGAUAAGGCAGUUGAACGAGGUUAUCAUUGUCUAGCCUUCCCUCCACCAUAUAGGCAACUAGUCUAUGGGAACCAGCACCAGGAAUCCUACUGCUGGUGAUCUAAUCUAGUUGCUUGCAUGUUACUGUCAUGGCCACAUUGCAAUGCAGGACUUAUCCCAGAUAUUGUUGUGAUGCUUUUGCUUCCAAAUAGCGCAUAUCCACAACCAUCUCUAAACUACUUGAAAAUGGCACUUUGGAACAAUCUCUUGAAAGCUCAUGGUCACUCUAGUUAGCUCCCUACAUAAUAACAUGGUUUUACAUUACAUUCCAAACUUGAUUUUCUUUGGGGGGGUUUUAUUGUCAUUCAAAUGCCAAAACAGUUACUUUGUUAUACGUGCUUCGAAUGUGUCCAAAAUGUUAUUAACAACAAUGAACUGCUAUGAUUUUAAAAAGAAGAGCCGUGUGAAACCUAACCACACCUGUUAAAAAAAAAUGUGUCAGAAUGGAUAUUCAUGUAGAUACUUGCCUUUGGAUAUAGGAUUUGCCUAGAUGUGUUUCUGCCAUUGGGAAGAUAAUUAAGAGUUUGGGGAGAGAAAAGUCUCUUGAAACAGAGCGUCUUAUUAUUUACCUUUAUGCUAUUUUGUGAGAUGUUUGUGGGAGUGUCAGUUUGUUAUUGGUAUGCUUAAUAUCUGUAAUGUGCCAAUUUUUUUUUCAGUAUUGAGAUAUAAUAAAAAUGGAAAGAAAGAGAAUCAAAAGGCAACUGCUCUCUUUGAUGAAUACUGAUCUGUGCUAUAGUUUGGGGCUAUCUGAUGCCAUGUACCAGCAGAGAACCAGAAGAGAUAGAAAAGUGCAGAGCCAUCUAGCAUUUAGUGGGAACAUGAGAAAUUCCAGCACUGACCCUAGAACCCCAAAGGCCACAGCAAAAUACAGUGUCACCAAAGAAGAAUCAUUUAGCAGUUAAGGCAACCAAAUCAGACCAAGAACCAAAUUCCCUCAAAAUUUGGAUCUUUCUUUUCUUAUAAAAAGUGUAACCACCCCAAAUUAUUACUUCCUCUGAGAUCCAGUUCUGCCACACAACACUGCCUAUGUGAUACUGAACAAGAGACUUAGACUCAUUGGGUCUCAGUUUCUAUGGAAGUAAGUCAAAGGAAAUAUUGCAUGUCCUCAUGGAGCUGUUGUAAAUAUCAUAUGAGAGAAACAAAUAUGAAAGAACUUUAUAAAUACAAUGCUAGGUAUUUUUUAUCAUCAUCAUCAUCAUCAUCAUCGUCAUCAUUAUUAUGAUUAUUCCCAGCCAAUCAUUUAACCUUUUAGGACUCUAGGCAACACUCUAAGACUACAUUGCAGAAAAGCAUUGGCGUUCAUUGGUAGAAGGAGUUUCCUCAUCAGGGAAUUCUCUAAUUCUUGUGAAAUCACAAGUCCACUGUCUAUCACUAUCCCAGCCAAGAGCAUUUUCAAACAGCCUCAAAGGGCUGACAGAGCAGCCUGCAGAAGUUCAAAGAUAGAUUUUCAAGAUUAGGUUGGCUCCUGGGUAAGGGCCCUGGCCCUGGCCUUUGCAGUCUUUGUGAUAAGGUAAAGUUGUGAAAGAGUGAUAUAAAAAGCUCACAAAACAAAAAAAUAGCCACUGGUCAUGAAGAUUCCCACUCAUUUCCUAGCUUGGUCACUUUUGACAGCAUGUUCUCCAUGGCAGUUGGAGGGUUGGGGACUAGAAUAUCUAAUUCCUUAAAAAAAACUUCAUCCCCUACUCAUCACUUCCUUCCCCAAGUUUUCUCAACUUGCCUUGGUAUCUAAGUCCAGUUUUCUCAGCUUUUUCCUCCAAUUUCAAGGUAUAUUUUCUGGUUACAAAAAAGCUCUCCUUCCUUGCCUUCCUCCCCUCACCCCCCCCCCCCCCGCUGCCCCCUGCAGAGAAGGUGCCUCCUAAAUGACCCAACAACCUGAUGUCCUCAAAAAGCAAACACUGGCUAUGUGGAGUUGAGGUAUCAAUUGGAAGUGAAACUCAGAAAAUCCCCUGGCAGAAAGAAAUGUUUCUAUUCCACCGUUAAAUCAAACAAAAGUCAAGUCAGCCAAACUUGCCUUCUUUCCCCGUUUUGCCCCAUAUCAUUUCUCCUAUGACCCUCUUCUGUAGGCUUGCCACCCUUCUCACCUUGCUUUCCUCCUUUUUUAAUGUGGUUUCUCAUUUACUUUAUUGCUUCACCUUCUUCCUACCCAAUUUUCUAUCCUCUUCUGUGUGACUCCUCCCUCUCUUCUUGGUUUUCUUUCUCAUUCCCUCAGUGUUGUUCUUUCACAGGCUAUCCUUACUUUUCCUCCUCAGAAUCAUAAAGCAUAUAGGAUAUCAGAGUUGGAAGGGAUCUUAGGAUUUAACAACAGCAACUAAUAAUUACAACUUCCACUUAGCACUUUUCAGUUUUCAAAACACUGAAAUAUAUCAUCUCUUUUGAACCUCACAACAAGCCCAUGAUUUAGCAUGUUAUUAGACCCAUUUAACAAUAAGGAAAAAAGCUUAAAUAGGUAAAAGUGAUUCCCUAAGGUCACACAGCUAGUAAAUGGAAGAAACUAGAUUUGAAUCCAUGUCUUUUGACUCCAUCUCUCACAUACUUUUCAAAAAUUGCUUAAAUGUCAUAACUGAAAUUUUUAGAGCUGGUAGAUCUGGAAGCAAAGAUCAAAAUAUUAGACCAAGAAAGAACUUAAUAUCAUAAAACAGAAUUCAAACCAGCAAGGAUCUUAAGGAUCAAUUGAUGUUGCCUUUCCAUUUUAAAGAUGAAGAAACUGAGGACCAGUAGGGAAAGUGCCUUGUCCAAGGUCACCAAACUAGUCAGUGGUAAAGGGUAGGAUACAAAUAUACAAAUUCUGACUCCCAAGUCUAGUAUUCUUUUCAAAGUAUAACCUCCUUACCUCUAGCUGUUCGACAAUCAGACUCCAGCCCACAAUCUCUAGCUGAACCAGGACCCUGGAGGAGAUGCCAAGCUAUGCCCCACCCAAAUGUUCCCCAGGCCAGAGAGAAUGUGAGGAAGGGGAGUUACUAUAACUUGCUAGAAAGGGUAGAAUCAUAGAAUUUAGAGAAAGAAGUGAUCCCUGCAAAGCAUUGUGACCAUUCCUCUCAUUUUAAAGAUGAAGAAGAGGCGAAAAAGAGAUGGUGCCUUGCCUAUGGAUCCAUAGCUAAUGGCAGAGUCACAAUUUGAACCCAGUUUUCCUAUCUAGAUCAAUAAAAAGAACCAGAUGUUUUCUUCACUAUUCUCUUCAGAAGCUUUGAUUCAUGAGGCCAAAGUAGAUCCAAGAAAACCAUUCCCUAGCCUCAAUACUACAUAUCAGGAAGAAUUAGGGAGACAAGAUAGAAAAAUCUCCACUGGUCAGAUGGGGAAUAAUCCCAUGAAAUUUAGAAGAGUUCUUUUGGGUAUUAUUGCUACCUUCCCAACUAGGAAAAUCAGUGAAAUUUUUCUGUUGAUGAAUGAAAGGAUCUAAAAGUAAUUGAAGAGGAGAAAUAAUUCACUGGGAUGGAUAACUUAACUAACACUUUCAAAUGACCUCCCUGCCAACCCCAGUGGCCCUGAGCAUAGAUCUCCAUAUACUCUAGGCAUCUCUUACAAUCAAUCAAUCAAUCAGCAAGCACUUAUUUAACAUCUACUGUAUUUGUCAGACAUUGUGCUAGAUACUGACGAGAAAAAGAAGAAAAUAAAAUAGUUCCUGCCCUCAAGGAGCUUACAUUCUAUUAAGAUGCAGAACUUCCAAAAGAUAAUCAAAGCCAUUUAGAAAACCUAACCAACAGCACUGAGCUCAGAUUUCUUAUCCUUGAGGGGCAAAAAUGUUCCAGAAUGCUGUUAAUCCCCUAUCUCAUGAAAUUUAUUCUUUUCCUCUUUCUCUUCCCAUCAUUCUAUAUCAUGAGAUUUCCUUCCCCACUAUCACUGCCUUUAGUCAAGGCAGUAAAAAAUAAAGUUAUGGCUGAGAAUAGCAGACAAUUAGAACUAAAAGGAAACUUAGGAACCAGUGAAACCCCCCAAACUCAUUUUACAUGCAGAGAAAUUGAGACCCAAAUAAGAAGUAACUUUCCCAAAGUUUCAGAAGGAGUUAGUGACUCUUCUUUUGAAAAAGGAAAGCAAUCCUCUACAAUGCAUACUGCUUCUCCAUUUAUGAAGGGUGAGAGUCCUUGGCCCUUAGUUCAAUUAGAAUCAUAAAAUGUGAGGUGUCUGGUCUAAAUGGGACCUUUGAACCUAGAAUGUUAAGAGUUAGAAAAGACCUCAGAAGUCAUCUAGUGCAGAACUGAGGCUCAGAAACAAGAAGUGGUUUGCCAGUCAAUAAGACUGCCAAGACUCUCUUGGUCUCCUGACCUCCAGUGUUUUGUCCCUUGCACUACAAAAUGCACGAAGCCCUGGGCCAUGGCCACCAACUAACAAGCUGUUUAAGCUCCUAGAAUUCCUCACCUGGUUCUUCAUUCUGGUUAGACAACUUGAACUGGUAGUUCCUUUGACAGUUCUGAGUUUAGAUUUAGAGUGGCCAUCUGAUAAGGCAGGCAUUUUUCUGGCAAAGAUUAAUCAUCAUUGGUUCACAUGAAACAUGUAACAAAGAACCAAUUUGACACUUGCAAAUGUCAGGUGUAAGAUCGUCUCGUGAACAACUUUGAGAGAGAAAAAAGGAUUUCUUCAGACAUCAUUUUUCACAUUCACCCUGUGACCUCACAAGUUUAACCUGUGCCUUAUUUAUUUCAUUCUCACAAAUAACUCUUUAGGCUGAAUCCUUUUCAAUGGUAGUUCCCUUUCUUCUUCAGCAUACCCUAUCACUCAACUUCUUCUCAGUCUUCCUAUUGUUGUCAGAGAGUCAACGAAGAAUUUGGGGUUGGGGAGAAUGGUGAAGGGGAACCAAGGGAAUCUUGGUAGGAAUUUUCUUCCCCUGGAGAACCAAGUUUCGUAAAUCUAAGCCAACUUCCUGUUAAUGAGCCUUUCCAACUUCAGCUACUCUAUUCCCUGGAUAAGAAACAUUUGAAAUUGAUAGGCACAUAGUCUAGGCCCUAACUAAACCUGAAAGACUAUCUAAUCUCCUAGAAAACUGGCUGAGCUAUGUCCUUUCCAGAAACUUUCCAGGGCAUAAUGACUUAAUUUUGAGGAAAAAGGGAAAUACCCACCUGACUUUGAACUCUACUGAUUACGGUUACAAGAGCCCAGAGUCACCUCCAUGUCAAUGAGGCAUCAAAGAAUAUAUGGCAUUAGUGGAAAAUUAAGGAUUCAUACUAGACAAAUAUCUUCCCUUCACAUUAAUUCUCCAGAUACAUAGAAAAAGAAACAGAAAUCCCAGAAUAUCCAAAUUCAAAUGACUUCAAAAGCUAUCCAGUUUAAGCUGCAUUUGUAUGAGAACCCUCCCAAAUGAUAUUCUCAACCAAUGGUCAUCCAGUCACUUUUUGAAGACAUACUCAGUGAGAUGGAAACCAAUGUGGCAUAAUGUAGUCUUCUCUAAUCCCUCAUCCAUGUGACAAACCCCAUAAACACUUGAAUACAAAUAUAACACCUUCAGUUUGUCACUUUGAAUAUUACUGAUUCUUUCCACAUCUUUCAACAUGUGUGAUAUCAAUGCAUUUAACCAAUUUGAUGCCGUCUUCAGAUAUUCUCCAAUUUAUUAAUCCCUGAAAUAAGUCAACCAGAACUGAGCACAAUAUUCUAGAUCUAGUCUGACCAGGGAAGAAAACAGAAGGACUGUCUGUCAUUCCUAACAGUAUUCCAGUCUCAAAGACUAAAAUUGCAUUAACUUUCUUGGUUAUUUAUUAAACAAUGAUUCAUUUUGAGACUGCAGCCCCUAUAACUUUGUAUCUUUUUUUUUUCCUCAGAAAUCACCAGAUCACUCACAUUUUAUUUUAGACUUAUGAAGUUAAUAAUAACCACCAAGUAUCAACAUUUACAUUUAUCUUUACUAAAUAGGAUUAUGUUAUGAUCUCUAGUUCAUAUCUUUAUGCAUCCUGUCUCUAACAUCCAUUAUGUUAAUUCUCCUUCCAAGCUUUCAUUUGACAUACAUAUAAAAAUUUGAUAAGCAUGUGUCAUCUAUGCCCUUAAUCAAAUCAUUGAUUUUUUAAAUUGUAAAUAGUGCAUGGUCAAUCACAUAUUUUUGAUGUCCUUCCGAGCUGACUCUUGGUCUAUGCUAGAGACCUUCUUCUAAAUUGAUAUUAAGACAUUGACUCUGGGUCUGCCCAUUCAACAGGGAUAGAAAUUCUCCUACUUUUUUUUAUUAUUGUCUAAUUUACCUACUUCCACUUUUUUUCAUAAGAAUUACCUGAGGUUUUUGUUGUUGUUAUUUUUUACAUGAGGUUUUUUUUUUAAUGUUUUGCUAAGAUCUAGGUAAACUCUAUCUACAGCAGGACCCUGUUCUAUAAAGUCUAAUAAGUCUGUCUAAAAAAAGAAAUUACAUUAGUUUGAUAUGACCCAUUUGUGAUGAAGCCAUGCUUAAGGCUGCUUUUCCUAAAUGUUCAUUAAUCAUCUAUUUUUAAUGAAAUGUUUUGGAUUUUUCCAGGAAUAUAAAUCAAUUUCCCUUGCCUAUCAUUUUUGGGUACCACUCUAUUUACCCACACUUAAGAAAAAUAUUGUUCUUCUCCAAAUCUGUAGUACUCCUCCUAUUCUCCAAAAAUCUUUCAAAGAUCAUGGCUCAGCCAUUCCAUCUUCAAGUUCUUUAAUAUCUUAGGGCAUAGUUCACAGUGACUUAAACUCAUCAAAGACAAUGAAGUACUCUGUAAUUAUCUUCCAACUUAUCUUGGACCACAAUUCCCUAUUAAUUCCCAUUUUUGUUUUAUCCUUUUCAAGACAAAGACCAUUCUCUUUAGGGAAAAAAAGAAAACAGGAAUGAAAUUAAAAUCAAACAGUUCUAUAUUCUGACAUCUUUUAUCAUUCACCCCAAGCAAUGGUCCUCUCCCUUCUUUGAUCCUAUUUUUCCCCUAAAUAUAGCUAAAAGAUCCUUUUUGUUCUUUUUAGGUUUCCUCACCAGCUUCAGCUUAUUCUGAGCUUUGGCGCACCUGUCAGAAUUCUUAUAGGACUAUAUCACAUUUCAUAUUCAUCCUCUGCUACCUGCCUUUGCUCCUACCUUCUGUGCAUGUCCUUUGUUUUCAACGGGUUGAUGAAUCCAUAUUAGACAGUUCUUCCUAUUCUCUCUUAUAAGAAUGAUGCCUUCAAAGUUUAAUUCUUGAGAACUUCCCUUAGCUCUUAGAUAGACCUCUCCUAUAAACAUUUAGUCCAUAAGACCCUUCUUCAGAAUCCUUUGAAAUCUGCUCUCAAAAUAUUGGAUACAUAUCUAACUCUGCCUGACUUUCCUCUAGUCCAAAUUCUGAGACAAAAUUGUCUAUUCCUGAAAAGAUUCUUGUGUUUUCUUCACCAGUAACCAUCUCCUCCUUUUUGUGAGUGUCGGAUCCAGAAUAGAAGUUCCUCUCGUUUAUCUUUCCACCUCUUUCAGGAUCAAAUUAUCAUUAAGCACAGCUAAGAAAUUACUAAAAACUCUGCUCAGGAUAGAGUAAGAAAUCCAGCCUCUGAUCACAUCUCAUCAAGUCUCAGUAAUAGCUAUAAAAUCAAAUUUGUCUCCUUGUAUUAGGAUAUCCAGUGGUCCUCAUUUGUCAUCCACACUUCAUACAUCCAUGUAUGGAGCUCUAUGGCUGUGGACUUUAUUAAAAAGUCUUCUAUGAAUAAGAGAAAUGAAACUCCAAAAGAUUAAGCAAGUGAUUUAUCUUAUGACCUCAGCAUCCCUUAGUAUCUCCUAGGAACAGUUUCCCUUGUCCAGGAAGAAAUAUGUCUGCUUUCUUUUGUUUUGGACAGAAGAGAAAAGGUGAAGCUAUGAGCAUUAAAGAUCUAUGAGGAUUAUAUAGCUAGAAGGGUGGGAACAAUACGUAGGGGAAUUUCAUCUCACAUGGCCACAUCCUUGAACCCUAGAAGAUGAAAGUUGACCUUUAGGAGCAUUGAACCCUAACCCCUUCAUGUUAUGUUAGAGAACCAAAGAGGGGCUAUGACUUCCCUAAGAUUACACAAAGGCUUUAAACAGCAGAGUCAAUACUUAAAAGUAGAUCUUCUGAUCCCUAGACCAAUGUUCUUUCAAUGACAUUACACUGCUUUCUGAGAAAAUAAUUGGAUGGAGAGAGCAUGGAAGUAGAAGAAAGAAUCAUGAAGAACCCAGAGUUAGAAGCCAGUAUCCUAGACUGUGUGACUAAAACAAAUUACUUAACAUAUUAAGACCACAAUUUCCUCCUCUUUAGAAUGGACAUGAUUAUUCCUAAAAUUCCUUCCAACUUUCUGACAAUCAAUGAUUUUUUAAAGAAUGGAAAGUCAGUGAAUAGAGGAUAAAAGUAAAACAGGCAAGUUCAUAGGCUUUCCAUAAGCCAAACUCCCUUGACGUCCCUCUGACUAAAAUGGCUUGUUCGGAGGUCAGGGAAAUACUACUUUGUUCCCAGUAGAAUUGUGUCCUGUAAGGAACAUACAUCAGAGUCUUGACCCAUUAGAUUACAACUCUAAGGUACUAAGGAAAAACCAGAAUUUAGACUCUAGGAAAUGUUUAGAUUAGAUGCACUGUUUUUGAGAGGUGUCACUGGUGCAAGGUACCCCAGAUGACUUGAAGUGGGUCCUCUUGAACAGCUCAUUGCCAUUUAUAUAAAAUUCUUAGUCUCAGAAUGAGAAAGGAAUAUAUGAGUUAACAAAUAGACCAAUCCCUAUCUGUACCAUGAAUCCCCUCUAAAAUAACCCAAGUGGUCAUCCAGUUUCUGCUUUACCACUCACUACUUUGAGAGAAAGCCAAUCAUUAUCAGACAACUCUAAUGAUUGUAAAGUUAUUCCUUAAAUUAAGCUAAAAGCUAUCUCUCUACAGCUUCCUUGCCUUGAUCCUAGCUCAGUCCUUCAGGAUCUUGCAGGAUAAGUCUGUGUAGCAGCAUAAGUCAGGACUGGUAUCUCACUAAACAACACUAGGAAGGUGAGUUCAUAGUCCAGUCCUAGAGUCAUAGUGUGUUGGCUAUGUGGGAAGAAAUGGACUAAUAGAACAGUCAUUGUUAAACUGCCUAUUAACCUUAACCCCAAGUCAUAUUUCCAUGAUAUACCUCCAGGCAUUAAUAUUGGAUCUUUGGGGCCACGUCACUUUCACUCUAAUUCCACCCAUCUUGUGACUGUAGACAAUCAUCUUUUCUAACCCAUGUGCUUCAUUAGCUCAUCUGAUCUCACAAUACAUCCUACAACCUUAGAAGUUUGCCCAGCUCAGGGAAAAGAAGGGAUGGGAAUGUAGAGGAGGAGAAAGAUCACAUAGGCAAUGAAUGUGGAAAGUUCAAAAAGAACAGAGGGUCAUACUCACAGGAAAAAUUGUUAUAGCUAGCUGCCAUUGUUAGGUGAUCCUCAAAGCCCUAUCCCAGGCCAGGGUUCUAAUAGACACUAACCUUCUAACAAGAAAUUAAAUUGCCCUUUCAUGCCAUUCCAAAUGAUUCUGAGAAUACCUUGCAUCACUGAUCAUGUAUUAGCCCAGAAAAGACAAUUUGAGACUUCUAAGUAGGAGCAGGGAAACUCAGCUUCCUGGCCCAAAAUAGUCUAUCUCUGUAGAUCUACCACCAUAUUGGCCCCUAGCCAGAGGAACUGAAUGGCCAGGUCAUGAUCGGAACUUUGAGGUCUAGAACCAUCCCUGGCAUUAGAGACAUCAUAAUUCUUAAAAUCAGGUUUAAGCUCUCUACUGGAUGACUUUACACAAGUCAUUUCACUUUUCAUCUUCAAUUUCCUCAUAUAUCAAGGUAAUAAGUGAUCUACCAUCUUCAUAGGCUUGUCCUGAAGAGGAAAAUAGAUCUUAGCUAUGAAAGGGUUUUGGAAGGGUUAAAAGUUCCAUUUAGGUACAAGAGGUUUUAGCUCCCACUGAGAUACUCUCUGGUACAACUCAGGGGGCAAACUAUAGCUCUUUGUUCAUUGACUGAAUUUUAAUGACUAAGGAGACUCUCAACCUAAUUAAAAUAAUAACAUCAGCUCAGUGAUUGAUUUUGUUUAAGGACCAAUUUUGGAGAUGAUCCUAUUUGGUAAAGGUUACACAUCUGUAGCUUAUUUCCAUUUGGGGCUUUUGUUACUUCUAAUGUGAAUGCUAUUAUCCAGCCUUGAAUGCCGUUGGAGGAAACCUCCUGUUUUGUGCCCUCCCUAUAAUUGCCAGCUACAGUUUUGAUUGGGGACCAAUUGGUUUCCCAUGUGGUCAGUUGGUCAAGCUUCAGUUCAAAGGAAAACCAUGGAGCUAAAGCUAGAAAAGAUCCUUUGAUAAAGUGUACCCAUGUUGUUUCUCAACCAGCUGAAUGCAGAGGCACCAAGAAUUCCUCCCUGGGCACUCAGGGCAGUAAUCAGAUGUUGUUUUUUUUCCCCCAUGGAAUGCCAACCCAUGAUUAUUUCCAGGGACUGUUUUGCAUGUUUCCAAGGGAAAAAAAGGUUUAAAAAUAAUUCCACUGGAAGGACAAAGUGCAUAAGUGUGUGUGUGUGUGUACACGUAUGUAUGUUUGUGUCCAUGUGUGUUUCUGUCUCUGUAUGUGGACAGCUAUAUGAAAAUACAAAGAAUAUCACAUUAUGACCUUUCAUAAUUCAAGAGGAUUCCAUCAUGUUAGGGCAACUGUUAUAGAAUAGUUUUUGUUUAUGGUUUUUGUUUGUUUCUUUGUUUGUUAUUUUGCAAACUUCCACCAAGUUUGGUUGGGUGUUUCAUAAUGAAGUGAAUACUGAAUGUAGAAUGGAUGUUUCGGUAUCAUGCCGUUGUGUCUGGUCCCACUAACAAAAACACUGCUGCCUCCUGCUGUUGCACCCAAGGUGUCAGGAUCCCAGUGAUGGGGCAUUUCUGUCUUGUUUCUUUCCUUUCUCAUUCUGUGUUAAUGUGUCUGCUUUCCGUUUGACAGAGGGACAAGCGUGAUACGUCCAACUUCGAUAAAGAGUUCACCAGACAGCCUGUGGAACUCACUCCCACUGAUAAACUCUUCAUCAUGAACUUGGACCAAAAUGAGUUUGCUGGAUUCUCCUACACUAACCCAGAAUUUGUUAUUAAUGUGUAGAUGACAUGUGUAACCCCACUGUCAUGCCUGAAGUCAGAGACUUCAGGCCAAGUUGUAAAUAGGAAUUCUAGUCUUCCGGAAUUUGUGGUGCAUAUGCCAGCAUUCACCAUGUGGAGAGAUUGUUUUCUGGGGCCUAUCUUUGUACGUGUAUCUUGCCAGUUUGUUUUCUACAUUUGAAAUGUUUCAUUUGAAGUAAAAUGCAUUAACCUAAUAGCCAGAGGUCUAACUUUUUUGACCUCUAAUCCAACCUUAGUUAUGCAUUGAAUGAGCAAAAAAAAAAAUAUUCCAAUUCCUGUGUCUGGUCCCUAAAUUGCUUCCGUCUUUGUAAUUUUUAAAAUCAGAAGCUGACAUUCUGAUCAAGUUUUUACAGUUAUUCCACAAUGUUGAUUUGUUUGUUUGUUUGUUUCUUUUUCCUUUGAAUGCUAAGCAUGGUCAGUAUUUUUAAGAGUUGUGAGUAAGCUUUGCUGUUACUGUGAACUUAGUGUCUCUUAGAGGAACCUUUUGUUCAAGAAGUUGAGAUGAUUAAACCUGAUUAAUGUAUUGAAGAUGUAUGCUUUACCCAUUUCUAUUUUUAAGUGCAUUGUAUAUAGUAUAACAGGCUUGAUGAAGCUAACAUCUUCCUCCUUCGCUCAUAGGAAAUGUAUCCACUUGGCCAUUCAUUCACUGUUUUUCAUGUUUAUUAAUGACUCAGGCAAAAAAGUCUACGCAGCACUAAAUAAGCAAAAGAGAAGGCCAUCUUCAUAAAGUUAGAAUGGCUCCUGGGGUGUCACUAUUUGCAAGUUGGCUAAAUAGGUUAUUUCUGUUACAAGGGUACUUUCCUUUUUUGGAGUCACCUCAGGGAGGAAGGCAAGGGUGGGGGGCACAGCACAAACCCCAAAGCUGAGCCCACAUACCUCUCUGCAAGGGUUUCCUUAUUUUAUAAAGAAUAUACAUCUAUCUUCCUCUCUCCAAAGACAUAUUUACCCAUGAAACUCAGCAGGGAACAGUAAAGUAGUGGUUUCUAAAGUCACUGGCAAGCUAUAGAGCCUCUGCCUCAUGGGCAAGUUACUUUCCUUUGAGUUUCAUUCACCUCCUUUAUGAAAUGAUGGGUUGGACUAGGUAAGCUCUAAUGGGCCUUGUGGCUCUAACACUCUGUUCUAACAUCCUUUUCUUCUCUGACAUUGUUGAGACUUAUAUUCUUUUUCUGACAAAUCUACAGAAUGCUUUUCCUUUUGGCCCAUCUCCACCAUUCUCUGACAAAUCCUAAAGGGAUCCAUAAACUCAUGUAGCAUAUAAAAAUGAGAGUAAGCAGGGCUGGGGCUUCCAGCUAGGGCCUACCUUCCAUUCAUAUCCCAACAGGCUUCUAACCCUGCUCAAAAUGUAGUUCUAUUGCUAUUCAUUUCUAUUUUUCUUUCUAUAUUCUUUUUCCCUAUGAUUUUGUUUGUGAAGAGGUGGUAAUCCCAGCCUGAAUGUACCAUACAAGAGGUCUCUGCUCCUGCCAAGACUGGUAGGCUAUUGCAAAGAGUAGAGUUGUCAGAUCAAAUGAAUUGUGAUGCUCUCCAACAAUGACUCACAGUCCUCCCUACCCCCACUACUCACUCACCUCAUGCCCAGUACUGCUCCCAAGACUUAAGACCUGUACUGAGAUGUUUACAUCUACACACACACACACACACACACACACACACACACACACACACACACAUCUUUUCAAAGACUUAACAGUGUUACACAUUACAAUUUGUACCCAUCAUGACCAGUAAAAUGGAAGUUAAAUGGAAGAAAAUGUGCAUAUUCUUCAUGUGAGCUAUAAAAAAAUUGUUUUUUUUAAAUAUGUCAAUGUUUGCCCCCUGGACACAUCUUUUGAACUAACGUAUUAAGGGAACAAGCUGCAACAAUCCUGGUGGCUCUGUUCUCCCUCCCAUCCCUCUAUUAGCCACUUUCACUUUUUAUAUGGGCAAGAAAGAUCUCUUGGCAGAAAUAUUUCAGGAUACACACACAUACAUACACAUACCCCAAAACAAAAAUCCAUAGAAUAUGUCAAAAUGAAGCAAACAGAUUAAAACAGCAGCAUAAGCCUGUGCCCACUUUCUCAAGGACCCAAUUUUGUCACCUAAAAAAUGAGAGAUACAUUCAACUAUUUGACUUGAAUGGGGUAGAUCACCAUAAAGAAAGAGGUCUGAGAUCUAAAUCAGUUUAGACAUUUCUUCUCCCUCCCAUCUGACAUUGGAAGAAAUAAAACCUGUUGAUACUCUGAAAAAAAAAAAUUUCCACUCUAUUUGCCCUUUUGGCUUAGAGCUGACAUUAUCAUUCUUACCUCUUUUUCCUGCCCCCUUUUUGAUACACCCAAGGCUCAACUAACUUUUAGCUCAAGCUAAAUUGAGUAAAGAAUCUCCCUUCACCUAUCCUGAUCAGUGACUGUUUUAUAGCUUACAAUAUCAGAAAUUUCCUAGAGAACUGAGGUCAGAGUCAAAAAGGGUCUUAGAACUAGACUAUACAUGGUCAAUAUUGAGAGGGACCUUAGAACAUUGAACAAGGGAUGCCAGAGUUGGGAAGAGCUAUCUAGUUCAUCCAUCUCCCUUCAUAGAGAAGGAAACUGAAGCCCAGGGCGGGGAAAUGGUGUUAUCAAGACUAAAACUCAAGUCUCCCGAUGCUGCUGAAGACUGAACUCUUGACUGGUCUCAAUCAAAUUCAAUGCAGUAAGCAUUUAUUAAAUGCUUGCUGUUCCAGGAACUAUGUAAGGACUGAAGGAUACAAAGAGAAACAGCCCCUCAAGGAAUUUACAUUCUACUAGAGGAAGAGAGGAAAUAACAUAUGCAAAAAAAAAGGAAAUGCAAACAAUAUGCCCAGAAGAUAGAACACUGUUGAUCAAUUACAAGGACCCAAUUUCCCAUGUGACUUAGAACAGUUAAACCAAAUCCACCCUAAUGGCUUUACCCUAUUGAUGGGGGGGUGGGGGGUGGUCCUAAAGAGGUCCUAGUGAUGACACUCUUUGAGGGAUGAGAUGGGAAUCCUCUCAGGAAGUUUCUCUGAAUCUGUACCUGAUUACAGGUGACCUACAGUGUCAGGAUCAGUGUGCUGAACAUAUUCUGCGGUCCAAUGAAUUUAUGUCAAUUUAUUAUUAUCAGGUCAGCAAGAUUAUCCCACAGCAUGUGAAGAAACAAUUCUCAGACAGGAAAGGAGAUCUCCCAGAAUUUGUUAGCCAAAGCAAUUUAAAAUUUCCAGUUUGGUUAACCUAGGGUUUCCUAACCUAUGAUUCUUCAAACUAUAGCUUGAAUGAUUUCUAAGUUUGUUGUACUUUUUUCCCUUAAGUACUAGUGAAGCUCUUAAAAAAAAAAAAAACCUCAACAAAUUCUGUCUCCAGUUGAGUAAAGGAGAAAAGAGGGGAAUGUCUAGGUCAAACUAGAUUAAGGUUGAAGAGAGAAGUAGAAAGAUACAUAAGGGCCUGCUGUUGCACCAGAGCUUUGGGGACCAUCCAGUAAAGAUUACAUGCAGAUUUGAAGAGAAUGAGAACCAUAGAAAUGGCUAAAACCAGCCAGUCUUCUUUCCUGCCUGGGGUUCUGUUUCUUCAUAGAGGAAAACCUAAACACUAUCUGUUGCUGGCCCAAUCAAAGGAAGGGGCCAUAAGUAUGUUCGAAUUGACAUACUUGGUCAUACUAUGCCAACAUAGCAGAUCCUGGGGUUUACAUUUUCUAAAAUGAACCUAAAAAAAGAAUCUAUCAUCAGUGAAGGGGAAGGAGCCUGGCUUACCUAGAAAUAGUGGUUGUCUGUACUGUAUCCCCAAGAGGCAGGGCUCUCAAGGGGCUCUUGGAUUCCAUAUAGUAUUGUUUAUGAUCAUGUUUCAUGGGGAAUGCAAACAUACCAUGACCACCUCCUUAUUUUGUGUGUACUGUGACUUUAUUUUCACCUGCAAGUAUUGAUAAAUUUGAUACAUUAUCUUAAAUCUAAUGUGUUUGACUAAAGGAAUCCUAAAGACUGCAUCAUAGAUGGAUAUAUAACCUCAGUUCUAUUUGCUGCAUGUAUGAAAAAAUAAAAAUCUAUAAUUUAUAGAAA